AUGGUACACGCCAUGCCUGCAGUCAAGUUACACGCGUGGGAACCUGCAGCUAGAGCGCGUGUAAGUGCUACGCGUGGACGUGAGCUGGAAGCUUUGUGGCAAUUUCAAGUACGAGGUGCCGCCGGGACUGCUUUCGCCUUCGCUUCGCCAGUAUUAAUGGCCACAGCAGCCUUAGCCGUAGGCUACCACUCGUCCACACAUUUUCUAACACCAGCAGCAGCUUUUGCCACUCUAGCACUUAUGCGUCUCAUGCAGACGCCACUUCGAAGUCUUCCGGAGGCGGUACAAGGAGCUCAAUGUGCGUGGCAAUCCCUGCACAAUCUGUCGCAUUUUAUGGAUCAGGAAGAACUCGACCCGUACGCUGUAGCUGGACGUGAUAGUCAAGGGAUGGUAGCUAAAUACGACCCUCAAGAUGUCAUCAUCGCUGUUGAAGAUGCCACGUUGGGUUGGGCUACGAAUGGUCCAGUGAUUUUUCAGCAUCUGGAUGCCACUGUGGGUGCUGGCGAGCUGCUAGUGGUUCAUGGACGCCCUGGUAGUGGCAAGUCUUCGUUUCUUUCGGCUCUUUUGGGAGAAAUGCAAGCGUGUGAUGGAAGUAACGGUGCUAGUGGUCGCGUGUAUGUAGGUGGCUCUAUAGCUUACUGUCCCCAGCAGUCGUGGCUGCAGCAGACGCUCUCUGUGCGUGAUAAUGUGCUGUUCGGCCUUCCAUUUGACCGUCGCAAGUACCAGCGCGUGCUUGACGCCUGUGCUCUCGUUAAUCCACUAGCAAUGCUGCCAACUGGUGAUCACACGUCUGUCAAAGACUGGAAACCAACUCUGGGGCAGCAAGCGCUUGUUAGUCUGGCACGUGCCUGCUAUAGUGACGCGGAUGUAUAUCUGCUAGACGACCCACUUGCUCGCGUCCACCCGAGAUCUGUAGCGCGCGAUAUUUUCUCAUGUUGUUUAGUGGGACUUUUACGCAACAAGACGCGAGUUGUCGUCACCACGCGUGCAGAGUUCAUUUGCUCCGAGUUUGUUGACGAUGCCAUUCGCUUCGAAGACGGAGGUCGACUUGUGCAUACAAGGGAUAUAUAUGAAGGCAAGGGACGGAAGGAGCAAGGAGGAGACGAGGACAGCGAUGGAGAAAAGGAAAAAGUUGCGACGGAUAGCUGGGUCCACUACUCGGCUUCGGGUGUUGAUAUUGUAAGGACUGAUGAGCCGCCGUAUUAUCUGACAGAGGCGCCAGCAGACAUCGAGCUGUUGGCUAUGGAAAAUUUCGUCAACGCAAGUCGCAACCUGUUGAAUGAACGACCUUUGCGCGAGUUUCUUUCGUGUGAAACAGCAGCAGAAGCAGAGUGGAGAGAGGGGGAAUGGCUGCACAAGUGUGUCCGUGCCUACACGCAAGCUAUCGGCGGGCUUCGAGUCGCUCUGCUGAUCUUCAUUCUGCUCUUCAUGUGGCAAGCUUUGCAGCUGGCGAGUGAGCUGUGGGUCGCGUACUGGGUGCGUUCAAGCAGUUUGAAGAACUUGGUGGCGGAUCAGCUCAUUUACGCUUCGUUGGCAUUGGGAGCUGGUCUUCUGGCGCUUGGAUAUUCACUCAGUGUCGCUGUGGCGGCUGUUCAAGGAGCGCGUCGAGGUUUCUUGUCGCUAGCGUCUGCUUUCCUGCACGCUCCUUUGGCUUUCUUUGAUGCAUAUGGCGCUGGAAGCGGUCGAUCCCUUUCAAAGCGUCUCAGUCUUUCCAGAAGACGUGAACUCGAGCGAGCAUAUAUGGAUAAGGACCUCACUGCCUUGGAUGCAAGACUUCCUCUCGCGGUUGGUGCUGUGCUGGCUCAUGGGGCUUCGACUUUGACAGCACUACUGACUGCUGCGGUGGUGACACGGUACUAUGCUGUACUUCUAGUUCCGGUGGUGUACAUGUAUGUGCAAACUGUGAGAAUGUAUCUGCGACCGGCUCGUGAUCUGCUUCACUUGGAGCGUAGAGCACGUCAUGCGGCACGUAGCCAUGCAGCUGAGACGCUGGCAGGGGCGCGAGUUGCUCGGGCCUUUGGACUAGCGCAUGUGCAUCGCGUUCUGGGUCACCACUUCUGGUUGUUGGAUGUUGCUGCCCGUGAUGCUCAUCUUGGUCUGCAUAUCGAUCAGUGGCUUGCGUUACGCGUUCAGUUGUAUGGUUUGGGGAUCGUGGGAAUUGUGGCAGCUUCAUCGUUCUUGGCGUUGCGAUACACACUGAGUGCUAGUGUUUCGGCUUUAGCGCUGUACGAAGUGCUGGUGGUCGAUAGUGGUGCGUUGGAGUCGCUGGCUGCUGUGCGAGGAGCGGUAGUAAUCACGGAGAGUGCGGCAUACUCUACUGCUGCCGCGAGACGCGCCUCGGCUCCGCUUACGCCUAACGAAGUCAACCCAUCGCUCUCGUGGCCUACCAAGGGAGAUUUACGCUUUGAUACCGUGAGUUUUCGUGAUCCUGCUGCUGCUAUCCUUGACGAGCUUACCAACAUGUUUGAGAUCGGCGAUGGUGGUGCCCCACCCUUAGCUCUUAAAGGCGUGUCGUUUCGUCUCCAGGCUGGGGAGAAAGUGGCGAUUCUCGAGUCGUCUACAGCCUCUUCAGUGUCUUCGCGCGUGGUGCAUGAAGAGCUACGGGACGCAACUGUGCUGCUGCUACUACCGUCCGCUACAGUGUCACCGCAGCGUGACCAAGCACAGAGAGCGAUGCUGUUGAAUGCUGUAGACCGUGUGCUUGUCGUGGUUGAUGGUGAAAUGGCGGAGCUAAGGACACCGGCAGACCUGGCUCAGGCUGAACAAGGCCCUGAUCUACUGGCUGAGGUUCCCGGUAGAUCGGAGCUGUCCGAUCUAGAACAUCGUAGUGAGGAUGGGGAGAAGAAAGACCAGCAGAGUGCAUCCGCAGCACGCUGUCAAGAUAUUGUCGUCCUGGCACCUACGCCUAUCUCCGGAGCUCCAUUGGACCUCCAAUUGGGUGAUCUAUCUGCACGAAAACACGAGGGCGAAGCAGAGAAAAACGAAGCUGAAGUGCCGCUGUCAUCUAGUCAAGCACCACCGACAGCACGCGACGGUGAUGACAACAAGGAACCUCUGGAGUUUGUCCGGCAGAGCUACGAGGUAGAGGAGGGCCCGUUCACUUUGUAUACGCAAGCACUUCUGCUGAAGGAUCAGCGAGUGUUUGCCAAAGCCAGUGCAGAUGCUCACCACGCCAUUAUGUAUCGUGAAAGUCUGCAGCAGACGCUAGUGAGUUUCCAACCCGCAUUCUGUCGCUACACACGUGGAGAUGUGCCCGACACCAUCUCGUCUGAGCUACUCUGCUUCCUGCCACCAAAAUGCGACCAGAAGCAACAGUCAUCUCAAGAACAAGGAAGUCAAGACAUUCGACUCUCUUGCCCACUCGAAGGUAUCGAGCUUUUGCUGCGCGCCGACGCUUUGAGUCUCCGCGAGGGUUUAACUUUGCCCGCUGCCAGUUCAACUUCACAAAUGUAG